GCUUACAGCCCUGCAUACUGUGACAGUCUCUGACUAGAGAGGAGAGAGGCGCUCUGUCACCUGACCACACAGGUGUCAGCAACCUCAGGGGAAUGGAAAUAUCUAACCUAAGCCCCCAUCCUCUCAAUGGAAAUAAGAAUGUAGAUGCACUUUAGUGUUAUUCCUCAGGGCUAGAUUACAGUUGAUUUGAGUUAUUUAUUAAUAUAUGUUUGUGUAUACCGGUACACCAGUGUUCCUUCUGACUAGUCCCGAAUAAUACACAAUUUUAUCAGAUACAUUUAUGCCCAAACCUGUCAUUUUAUGGUGACUGUAAGAAUGUUGGUGCUUUAUUACCACAGCUACAGAAAUAGAAUGGGUAGCUGAAAAUGUAUAGGCAUUAAUACCGGCAUACAAGUAUGGGAUGCCAAGAUUUAGGAUUAGACAUUUUCUCAAUCUUAUCAGAAGUGUGUCAGGUAUGGCACAAUCAAUGCCGUUCAAAACGAAUGUAUUUUCUCCUGCUUGUAAAAUGCACUGUCAUUUCAUUUCUUCUCUUUUAUAAUUGUAUUGCUUAUAAGGGUCUGUGUCACAUCACAAACGCACCAAUGAUUUGUUUCCAUUUGUGAAACUCAGAUAGCUGGAAUGGAAUGUCAUGACCAAAUACAGUCACGCUCAUUUGUUCUGCUGUUUAUGUCACUACCUUCAUUGGAUGCCUGCCACUAUGCCAUGCAUUACUAGACAUUCCCGCCAUCUAAGCACUAUAAGGUCUAUCUAUCCACGUUGAUGAACCAAAGCACUUUCUUACUCCAUCUCUCUGUGUUAUUGUGUUGAGAAAAAUGAGAUGGUUUUUUUGACACAAUGAAGAUAUGUUUUGUAAUGUAUAGAAUGCUGUACAAUAGUUGUUGGUUUUAAUGUAUGUAUGAUGCAGAAAAAUAAAUGUUUACAGUGUAAUUGACUGGAAAAACUCUUGAACAAGUCCGUAAUCGAACACGCCCCUCCCGCCGCUUUGAGUAAUGGGAGAUGUUCGUUUUUAGAUUGAAUAUUGUGAAAAUGGACGUGCAGCCGCCUCCUAUCCGAACCUUGGAUGAUUUUGUUUUGGAUUUGUCUCGGUUCGCCGUGCGAGACAUUCGUCAUCUGGAGAGAAGGAACAAUCGGAUCAUAAAUAACUUGCUGUAUUACCAGUCCAACUAUUUUGUCUCGUUUUUGACAUUUCUGGGAAUAGUAGGGUUUUUGCGGCCCUUCCACUUCUUCUUGGGGGCCACAGUGGUGACGUUGAUAUUUAUGGGGUUUGUGUGGGCAGCAGAGAACCAGGCCCCCAUCAGACAGUUGCGCCGGAACCACCCAUCCCUGGCCCUGGGUGCCAUCCUGGGGGCCAGCUUCCUCUUCAUCACAGUGCUCGGAGGAGUAUCCGUCUUCCUCUUCGGCAUAGCCUUCCUCAUCUUAUUGAUACUGAUCCACGCCUCUGUUAGGCUGAGGACCCUCAAGAACAAGUUGGAGAACAAGCUGGAGAACAUUGGGCUGAAGAGUACACCCAUGGGGCUCCUACUGGAGUCACUACGACAGGAACAGGAGGCUGGGUCCUAG